ACAACGACCAGAUCUCGAUUGAAGCUAUGGAUCGCAGCAAGGACGACCUGAUCAGCAACCUCCCGGACUGCGUCAUCGGCGGCGAGAUCAUCACCCGCCUCCCCGUCGCCGAUGCCGCCCGCCUUCAGAUCCUCUCCACCCGUUGGCGCAACAUCUGGCGCUCCUCCCCGUUGAACCUCGAUCUUCCUGUCCCAAUCUACUACCACGACUACAAGGACAUCGUGUCCACAAUCCUGGCGGCGCACCCUGGCCCUGCUCGCCGCCUCAAAGUCGACUGGCCGUACGACGACGGCGAGUCGUACAGCCGCUGGCUCCAGUCCCGCGCCGUCACCGGUCUUCAGGAGCUGGAGAUCGAGCCACGGUACUAUUCCUGGUGGGAGGGCACGGUAUUCCAGCCGCCGCCGCCAGACAAGACGAGAACACUGCCAGAGUGGCCAUUAUUCCAGUUCGCUCCAACGCUGCGCGUCCUAAAGAUCGGCCACCACACCUGCUUCCCCUCUGUCGGCUCCAUGGCGGCGCUCCGGUUUCCACGCCUCGAGGUCAUCUCGUUCUGCGGCGUGGACAUCUCGGAAGGCGCGCUCCACGGCAUACUCGCCGGCUGCCCCGUGCUCAGAACCCUAGUCCUCGACGACUGCACCGGCUUCGCCACAGUCCGGAUCAACUCACCCACCAUUACAAGUUUUGCCAUCUCACCUUCGCAUUCAUCCAGAGGCUUCGACUACGACCACGAAGAACCGAGGGUGUGGGUGACGACGUCGCAGGUCAUCAUCGAGGACGCCCCUAUCCUAGAGAAGCUGGUCCUCUUCCGCCGCUUAUUGGAUGAUACCGCUGAACCUUUCCAGUUCCAGCUACUAGUGCUCAGCGCUCCGAGAGUCAAGGUCCUGGGAUCCCUCUCCUCCGCCAUCCGCAAGUUGGAGAUUGGUGGCACCGUUCUUCAACGCACCGUUAUCAUGGAGAAGCCCUUGCAGAUGCGAACCGUCAAGGUUUUGGCUCUGGAAGAUGCAGAUUCCAUCGACGUCGUCAGCAACUACCUCAAGUGCUUUCCAUGCUUGGAAAAGCUAUACAUCCGGGCAUCGUCACAAGGAUACAGAAGUGCUGCUGCAAGCUAUGAUAAACAAAAUCCCAUCGAGUGCCUUGAGCAUCACCUUAAAAUGGUGACACUAGAUGGAUACACAGGAAUACGACCGCACGUCAAGUUCGCCCAGUUCUUUGUUCGAAAUGCCAGGUCGCUAGAGCUGAUGAAGUUCAGAAUCUUUAGAAACUACCCAUGUCAUCAACCUGGGAGAACCAAGGAAUGGAAUGAGGAGGACCAGCGAAGGCAACUGCAACAAGCCAGGAGCAUGGCUUCCCGACAUCUCAAGUUUUGUUUCGUACGUGGUGCUAGAUGUUGUCGUCAUGAUGUUUAUUGUGGUCACGAUUUCGAGGAUAUGUCAGAGUACAUGCAUAGUUCCUCAAGAGGUGACCCGUUUGAUCAAUGGUUUGAAUGAGAGAAGGAAGCACGUACGGGCAUGCUGAAGGAAAACAAGAUGCCGUAGUUUAGUUUGGAACUCCAGCCAAGGGCUUCAUUUAUUUGAUUAAUGUUGAAUAACAACCUCGUUCUGAACCCUUAAUUUUAUUUAGUUCUUUAUUAUGUCUAGCUUUAGGUUUCUGUUUUGAUGCUUCAGUACGAAUCGUGAGAGAGCAUCAUAUUGUUCACUUUCUAUGAAUAUCCCU